AUGUAUGCAGCAAAUGGUGGAAGAAGGAAAGAUGAAGCACAAGAGGCGUGGGCCCCAUAUUAUAUUGCGCCCGGGCGGAGCAAGCGUGAAGUUCUGUGUCUAAGACGUAACAAAGAAAUCCUGGAGAAGCAACAAAGAAAUGUGAGUGGGGCAUGCGAAGCAACAAGGCUAUUGUCUGACAAAGAGACAGCGCGAACAAGAAGAUUGUGUUGGUCGAAAUGGCUUCACUGCCGCUUCAGCAAGCAUGGCACCGGCGAGGCCAUUCACCGCGCAUGCGAACGCCGAAUGCAUUCUCAUCGUCAAUGCGUUCGGCGUCAGAUAUCUCAUCGUUAAUGCCUUUGUCGUCAAUACCUUUGUCCUCGAUACCUUUGUCGUCAAUACCUUCGUCAUUGGGGAGCUGGUCGUCAAUGCCUUUGUUGCCAAGAGGGGGUAG